AUGACAUGGAAGGUCGACCAGGGCCCCUCACCCAGGCAGACGUCACAGCUGAGCUUGCCUUCCCCUCUCGACCCCAGUGCUGGACCCAGCGGCGGAAACUCGGGUGACGACGCAGGACUCCCGCUGCUCCCCCACACUCCUCAAUGGCUUAGCUCAUCCCACCCGGGUCCGUCAUCGCUGCGGCCGCGACGAUAUAAGGCGUGCUGGCGCUUCUCCAAUUGA